AUGAAUAUGUUCUCGUAUUUAAUACAAUGUAUUUCUUACUAGGUUUUUACAUGUAAUGCAAAUGCCCUCAAUAUUCAUAAAAGCGAUAAUGCGUGACGGUAUCAUUAAUGGUAACAUAUGCACAUUUAGCAAGGGAGGGUGGCUUUUGAAUAGAACAGCUUUUACGCUAGUGUUGUAGCUGCAAGUAGGGAAGGGUGGCAAUUUGACGGAACAGUUUCCUAGUGCCACUGUAUUUUGGGAGGACGCGUAGCACCGCGCUGGGACUGGUUCUUUGCAGCCAUUUUCUGUCCAACCAACGGCCGUUUCGAGAAGGUAACCAACCAGGGCUUCAUUGCAGAUGGAAGGAGACAGUUCUACCACCGACGCUUCCCAGUUAGGCAUCACUGGAGAAUACAUGUCAGGAGGCUAUGUUCUCCAGUCUCCGGAUGAUGAUGGAGAGGAGAGUCUGAACGACCAUGAGGAUGGUGGCAUGAAGGAGAACUUCCGGGAGCAGGACAUCUACCUCCCCAUUGCUAACGUGGCGCGCAUCAUGAAAAACGGUAUCCCACCGACUGGGAAGAUCGCAAAAGAUGCAAAAGAAUGCGUUCAGGAGUGUGUGAGCGAGUUCAUCAGCUUCAUCACGUCCGAGGCCAGCGAGCGCUGCCACCAGGAGAAGAGGAAGACCAUCAACGGAGAGGACAUCCUGUUUGCCAUGUCAACCCUGGGCUUUGACAUGUACGUGGAGCCCCUCAAACUCUACUUGCAGAAGUUCAGAGAGGCAAUGAAGGGGGAGAAGGGAAUCCCAGGUGUGUCGGUGGGAGAAGGCUUGGGGGAGGAGCUCACAGAGGACAACUUCACAAAUCAAUUGCCAGCCGGAAUCAUAACCGCAGACGGCCAACAGCAAAAUGUCAUGGUGUACACCACCUCCUAUCAACAGAUUCCCGGUGUGCAGCAGAUCCAGUUCUCCUGAUGAGGAGCUGCUCUCCUGCUCUGACCAGGGCGGCCAUCGACUGCACAGACAGAGGCCUGGUGAUCGUAGGUCAACCGUAUGCUGACCAUAUGAGCCCACCGCCCAAAGGCCAUCGUCAGAUGGACAGGAGGCCUUGGAGGGGUACUGUUAUGGGGAGGGGGGGGGGGGGGGGGGCUGGUUGACUCCAGCCUGUCAUGUAAAUGUAGGCUAUACGUCUGUUAAGUAAUGUAGUGUGUAGUCAUGAUGUACCACAAGGUUUGGAGUGCAUCUUACAACCAGUUUGUGUAACAUAGGCUUUAUUUGUAUGGUUAUUUGGACCACUUAGUUCGUGGUCAGUAUUCUUUCGUUCCGUGUCUUGAGGCAGGUUUUGGAGGGAAGUGAAGUGGGCUGGGGCCCUCCUUUUAAUCACGAGGACAGAUGCCCUCAAUUUCAUAAUGAAUCAUGCAGCUCUUUUUCUAAGUUAAGUAAUACUAUGUGCUUUAAAGUGAUGUAAAUCCUUUGAAUAAAAAAUAGUGACCCAA